ACGGAUCACCUUUCCGCCACACCUUCCGAUGUGUUGAAGAAUUUUGAUAGAUAAGAAGACGAAUCUAUCCACUUUCUCAAAGACACGUGGGUGCCUUGACCUUAAAAGUAGAAUUGUCAUGUUGUUGUCGGUAAUGGUGGGGAAGAACGCAUAAGCUCGAAUGCGAGUUAAUAAAAGCGUGGAAAUUUAUGUGUACUAAGUAACUUCAUGUCGUGCUAAUCCUUGUUUCAGGUACCGCAAAUAUUGCUCUUGUUUUUCUCUAUUUCUCUAGGGUAACCCUGUGGAUGAGGCAACAGUUACAGCUGAGAUGAUGGUACUUAGGAAAAUUGGUCUCGCCGGGAGUCUCCAGAAUGUAAUUAACCAAUGUGCGAUUGCAGACAAAGAUGUAUACAAGUGGGUUCUACACACUACUCGUCAUCACUACACUUUGAGGGAGGUGCUGACCGAAUUGACAUCUGAAGAUAUUCUAACCAUCAACCUGGAUGUAAUAAAGGCCUUGAACUUCCUGCACCGAAACGACAUCAUCCUCGGCAGAAUGUCACUGGAUAGUCUCUUAGUCGUAAAGGAGCCGCAAUUGACACUCAUCAUUGCUGACUUCUCCCAUGCCAGGAUCGUCGUUAAAGAAAGGAACCGAAGAAAAGACUUUGACGCCGACUUUAGGGAAUGGAAGAAACUAAAAGGUGUUAUCGAACUUUACUCAACCAGUCUAGCUCUCCCAUUCAAGAUCACUUUCAAGAAAAUUUAAGAUCUUCUAGUAUUCAAUGAUGAGGCGUUUAACUUGCUGCCUUCAUGCCGUCUUAUACC